AUGCGCGCAACGAGCAGACUGCUGCAAUUUCCCUGCAGGAUCACCCUCUUCACCAGGGAACACUGUGGCCUUUGUGUUUCAGCACGCUCUGUGCUCUCAGACGUCUGGGACUCGCGGCAUUUCAUUUACAAGGAGGUCGAUAUCGUCAAGCCAGCAGCUCAAUCCUGGAAAGAACUGUAUGAUUUUGACGUUCCGGUGAUCCAUGUCAGCAAGUCUGACGCCCCGGAAGAAGAUCCCAAGCUUGCUUCAAAGGCCUUGAAACUUAUGCAUCGAUUCACCCCAGAGCAGGUGAAGGCCACGAUGGAUAAAGCCGAGCAAGGCUUGACCAAGGCAUGA